AUGGAGUCCUCCGACGACGGGGGCUCCGGGCCGCCGGCGGCGGUGGGGAUGGGGAGUCCCGGCCCUUCGUCGGUCCCCGCGGCCGUUGGUGGUGCGAGUAGCGCACCUGGCGCGUCCGGAUCCGGGGAGAAGCCACCGGUGAAGCGCGUCAUGAAGACGCCCUACCAGCUGGAGGUUCUUGAGAGGACGUAUGCAGAGGAUUCGUAUCCAAACGAGACGAAGCGGGCGGAGCUGUCGGUGCAGUUGAACCUCACAGACAGGCAGCUGCAGAUGUGGUUCUGCCACCGCCGGCUCAAGGACCGGAAACCGCCGGCCAAGAGGCAGCUGAGGGACGAGGAGGUUAGCGUCCCAGUCAUAGCGCCGCCGCCGCCUGUGCUUCCGCCUCCAUUGCCACCCAGCGAGAUGAUAUUAGGGACUGUUGGAACCUAUGGUGAGCAGCUGCCGCCCUAUUCCAGGAGAGGGCCUGGCCGGUCAUCGGCAGUGCCUAGGCUAUCUGUGCCGGAGAUUGGGAGGAGAUACUAUGAGCCACCACAAGUUAUGCUGCCUCACAUGGCACCAGUGCACCUUACGCAAGCUGAGCACCAGGUGAUCGAUUCUGUGGAAGCACUUAUCGGGGAACCUUUGAGGGACGAUGGGCCAGUGCUUGGUAUUGAAUUUGAUCCACUUCCUCCUGGUGCAUUUGGCGCACCUAUCGUUCCUGUGCCACCAAAGCAGCCCUUCCGAUCAUAUGAGGCCAAGAUGUUUUCUGGGCAUGAUCCCAAACCCAUGAAGGCUUCGGCAUUCUUGCCUACCACAGACCCUUUACUUCCAAAUACAGGGAAACGAAAGUCCUUGGUUGGGUCUUCUCAUCUUGGCUCACAGGCAGUACGUGAAUACCAGUUUCUUCCUGAGCAGCCAAGUGACACAUAUGAGAGGGCAAGCCAGUCGCGCUUCUAUGAUGCUCCAGCAGAGGCGUCAAACUUGAGGGUAGCUCCUCUGUCUACAGGUUCACGCUUUCUACAUGGACUUGAGCAGGCACCUGGCUAUACAUUUCACAGUCAAUCAUCUGGUUCUAGCCAUUUGGCUCAACGUGGCAGAUUGCCCAUUGCAUCAGCAUUGACAGAUCAUUUGGGGGCUUUGUCAAAUAUUAAUGCAGCUCCAAUCCACGGCCAAUUUGGCAUGCCUCAAGUUCCCGGAUUCGAAAGCUCCCUCGCAUCCUCUGAAAGAAUGGGAUAUCAUGAUGAUGAUACAUAUCGUGUGGACAGAAAGCGCAAGCAUAAUGAGGAAGCUAAGAUUGCUAGGGAGGUUGAGGCUCAUGAAAAGAGAAUCAGAAAGGAGCUUGAGAAGCAAGAUCUGCUGAACAGAAAGAGAGAAGAACAAAUGCGGAGGGAAACAGAGAGACUUGAUCGUGAGAGACGUAAGGAAGAGGAGAGGUUGAUGCGUGAAAGACAGAGGGAAGAAGAGAAAUUGCAAAGGGAACAAAGACGUGAACACAAGCGUAUGGAGAAGUUUAUGCAGAAACAAUCUAUAAGAGCUGAAAAACUAAGACAAAAAGAGGAGCUUCGACGAGAGAAAGAAGCUGCGAAGCAGAAGGCUGCUAAUGAGAGGGCUACAGCACGUAGAAUCGCGCGAGAGAGUAUGGAAUUGAUGGAAGAUGAGCGCUUAGAACUAUUAGAACUGGCCUCUCGUAGUAAAGGGCUGCCCUCGAUGGUUUCUCUUGAUAGUGACACAUUACAGCAGCUUGAUUCAUUUAGAGGAAUGCUGGGAAAGUUUCCUCCUGAAACUGUGAAACUGAAGGUGCCUUUUUCAAUAAAACCAUGGGCAGCUUCCGAGGAUAUUAUUGGAAACCUUUUGAUGGUUUGGAAGUUUUUGGUUACCUUUGGUGAUAUUCUUGGGCUUCCAUCAUUCACAUUGGAUGAGUUCGUGCAGGCUCUUCAUGAUUAUGAUUCAAGGCUCUUAGGUGAAUUGCAUGUUGCUCUGCUGAAAUCUAUCAUUAAAGAUAUUGAGGAUGUUGCCCGGACUCCUUCAGUUGCUUUAGGCGUAAAUCAGAGCAGUUCUGCUAAUCCUGGAGGUGGCCACCCACAAAUUGUUGAAGGGGCGUAUGCUUGGGGCAUCAACAUACUUAACUGGCAGCGCCACUUGAACUUUCUUACAUGGCCUGAAAUAUUGCGCCAAUUUGGUUUAUGUGCUGGUUUCGGGCCUCAGUUAAAGAAAAGUGAUGCUGAAAUUGUCCAUCACCGCGAAGAUAAUGAGGGCCGUAAUGGUGUAGAUGUCAUUUCCAUUCUGCGAAAUGGUUCAGCGGCUGUAAAGGCUGCUGCUUUAAUGAAAGAAAGAGGCUAUACUAAUCGUCGCAGGUCUCGACACCGUCUGACACCUGGAACAGUAAAGUUUGCUGCUUUCCAUGUACUGUCACUUGAAGGGAGCAAAGGUCUCACAAUAUUGGAAGUCGCACAAAAGAUCCAGAAAUCUGGACUGAGAGACCUUACAACAAGUAAGACACCAGAGGCAUCUAUAUCUGCGGCAUUGUCGAGAGACACUAAGCUUUUUGAAAGAACGGCACCUUCGACAUAUUGUGUUAAAACUCCUUACAGAAAGGACCCAGAUGACUCUGAGGCUGUGUUGGCAGCAGCACGUGAAAAAAUCAGGGUGUUUCAGAGUGCGCUUUCGGAGUGUGAAGAAGUGGAGAAGGAUGUGGAUGAGGCUGAAAGGGAUGAGGAUUCUGAAUGUGAUGAUGCUGAUGAUGACGCUGAUGGUGAUGACGUGAAUAUUGAGGACAAGGAUGCCAAGUCUUCCCUAGUUGGAGCUCAAUAUGGUGCACAAAGUACAGUAGUUGGUGACAUAAAGAAAGAAUCAAACAGUGUGAUGAACACAUCAGUGCCACCAAGCAUUCAGAUUAAAUCUAGCGCAAGUGUACCAUUGCAUACUUUAGACAGUAAAGCAAGUUCAACUGAUCCAGAAGUUGGAGGUGAUGCUAAAGACACUGAGAUAGACGAAAGUAACCAAGGGGAGUCCUGGGAACGCCUUGAAGCAGCAAGUGCUUUAAAAAAACAAAUGUGGGCUGAGGCACAACUUGAUAAGAGGCGUACAAGGGAUGACUUUACUAGUAAGACACAGUAUGAUUCUUGUGUGGGUAUGAAGGUUGAUACAGAUCAAGAAAAUGCUGCUGAAAGUACCCUUACGCCAGUGCAUAACCCUAUUAAAAACAAUAACGGAAAUGCCAGUUUGACGAACAAUGAUUUGCUUGUUGACAAGCAGAACCAGCUUAUUACUGGUGAUGUAUUUCAUCAGCGGAAUGGUGUAAGCCGAGAAUUGAGUAUUAACCCCGAAAGCUUGUCUGUUCAGCAAUAUGCUUCAUCUGAGAAAACUAGAUCUCAGUUGAAAUCCUUAAUAGGUCACAAGGCAGAACAGCUUUACGUGUACAGAUUGCUACCCCUUGGACAAGAUCGGAGACGGAACCGGUAUUGGCAGUUUUCUGCAUCUUCAUCAUCCUAUGACCCUGGUUCGGGAAGAAUCUUUUUUGAAUCUAGAGAUGGAUACUGGAGGGUCAUUGAUUCAUCUGAGGCGUUUGAUGCUUUGGUAGCUUCCCUUGAUACUCGUGGCAUCCGUGAGUCACAUCUGCACUCAAUGUUGCAAAGUAUCGAGCCAACUUUUAAGGAAGCUGUUGAGAGGAAAAAGUGUGCUAGUUUAGAACACACAACUGGUCGGACUUUGAAAAAUGGAAGUAAUGAAAGUCCAAACUGCAACAUUGAGUUUGGAAGUCCAUGCAGUACCCUUUCUGGUGUUGCUUCUGAUAAUCUUAUGGCAUAUUCAGAUACUUUCAAGAUAGAGAUUGGGCGCAAUGAAGCCGAGAAAAAUUCUAUCUCGAAAAGGGCUUCCGUGUUUCUGAAAUGGAUGUGGAGAGAGUGCUAUGGUCACCAAUCCACAUACGCCAUGAAAUAUGGAAAGAAGCGGUGCCCUGAGUUGAUUCAAUCUUGUGACCAUUGCUACCAGAUAUACUUAGCUGAAGAAAGGCACUGUUCUUCUUGCCACAAGACAUUCAAACCCAUUCACAAUUUCUUGGAGCACUCAUCACAAUGUGAAGAAAAACAGAGAACAGAUCCUAAUUGGAAGACGCAAAUUGUGGACUUUUCUGUACCCGUAGGAUUGAGAUUGCUGAGGCUGCUCUUAGCUACCAUUGAGGCUUCAGUACCGGCAGAAGCUCUCCUACCUUUUUGGACGGAUGGGUAUCGAAAAUCUUGGGGUGUGAAGUUGUAUUCUGCAUCAUCUGCCGAAGAAGUCUUGCAGAUGCUUAGUGUGCUGGAAGGUGCAAUAAAGCGAGAUUACUUAUCAUCUAACUUUGAAACAACAACUGAGUUGCUUAAUUCAAAAACACAAGAUGCUACCCAGAAUUCAGUUGGAGGUUCUGCAUCUGCCACUGUACUUCCAUGGGUUCCUGACACUACCGCUGCUGUCGCCUUAAGAUUGUUAGACUUGGAUACUUCCAUCUCAUACGCACUUCAUCCAAAGUUGGGUUCAAAUAAGGAGCAAGAAGCUGGAGAUUUCAUGGAUGGAGCGUUGCUAACUAACAGCAAUGGUCGUAGAGGUCGUGGACGGGGAGGUAGAGGAGGUAGCAGGGGAGGUAGAUCUCGUGGUCGUGGUGGUAGGAUUCCCAGGGGUAUUGGCAGCUCUUCCAGGAUUCAGUCCAGGGAUGACAAUAGUGUGCCCUAUGGGAGAGCCCCUCGAAAGAAUGCACGCGGUGGGCGUAACCGUGGCCGUGGCUGUGGACCUCGAACUGUUAGACCUCGGCAACCAUCCGAGCUCAGUGCCAGAUCAAUUCCAAAGGCAAACCUAUUGGGCAGCUUUAGUAUGUUAAGUAAGGCAAAUCACACUGGCACUAUGCAUUCUCCUGAGAGCUCAGGUGCAGAAGAGUGGGCCUUGGAGAGAAGGGAAUAUGUCAAGGAUGAUGAUGAUGAUGACAAUUCGGUUUCUCAAUCUGACGAGUCAGAGGAGGAAAAUGGUGAGCCUAUGAACGAGGAAUAUGAUGAGCAGAUUUCAGUCUAUCCAAGGGACAAUUCGGAGUCCAGCCCUGUACAAAUGAUGGAUGAUGCGAGUGACGAUAACGAUGAGGAUGCUGAAGGAGAUGAGGGUGAGGAUGAUGGAGAGGACUAUGAAGCUGAAGAUCCUGCUGGUGAUGAGGAUGACGAUGUUGAGAUGGGUGGGGAUGAUGACAUUCGGGACGACGAUGAUGACGAUGGUGGAGAUGGAGCAGCCAACGCAGAUGAGGAUGAAGGUGAUACAUCAUCAUAUUCUUCAGAGUAUAGUGAAUGA